ACGACUCUAGCAUGGCACGCCGAUGCUCCAGUUCUACACGAACCAAAUCACAUCCAUCCAAGCCAUUCAAGUCAUGAUAUCGAGCCAGCGAGGCUGGUGAUGUAUGUUCAGACCUUCCAAACGCCAUCCAAAGAACCUUUAUCACUGCUGCCACUCCUCGAACAUGAAACGAAAGUUACACAUGUUAUACUGGCUUCUUUGCACUUGCAUGAUGUACCAGGCGAAAUCAGAUUGAAUGAUCAUAAACUCAGUGAUCCGCAUUGGAACCAGCUUUGGCUUGAGAAGACCGUAUUGCAGCAUAAUGGCAUCAAAGUAAUGGCUUUACUAGGAGGUGCCGCGGGAGGGACUUACAAGAGAUUGAACGGAAGCGAGGCGUCGGUUAGUGAUUUCCCAGUUCCUCACCUGCCACCCAAAACAGAACAUCCCUGAUGUAAUCAAGACAUCCCGCUCACCCAAAGCAAUAGUUUUACGCCUUCUACAAUCCUCUGCUACGCCUGUUGAAAGAGUACGACUUCGACGGCAUCGAUCUCGAUAUCGAAGAAGAUGUGGACAUCAGCACCCCCAUUCGCUUGAUGACCGCCUUGCGUCGAGAUCUGGGCCCCGAUUUUAUCAUCACAAUGGCACCUCUCGCAUCAGCCCUAUCCGACAAAGCGGGACAGAACCUCUCGGGAUUCUCGUAUUUCGACCUCGACAUCUUUGCAACCAUGCCAGGUUCCGACGAAAAGCUUGUCUCUUGGUAUAAUGGCCUCUUCUAUGGGGGGUUUGCGAGAGGUCCACCGUUCUUCGAAUCUGUUGUAAGAGCUGGGUGGGAUCCUAAUAGAGUUGUCACGAUUGUGUUGGACUGUGCUGAGGAUGGACAGCCGAAUGGGUUUGUGCAUAUUGAGACGUUGCAGGAAACCAUUAAAAGUCUGCGAGUUAUACAUCCUAGCCUUGGGGGGGUUGGUGGUUGGGAGUAUCAUGAUGCUGGUAUGAGCGAUUGGGAUGAAUAUGAACCGUGGAAGUGGGUGAAGAAGGUUGGUGAUGCAUUGUUUGACCUGCCUCCCAAUCCACUACCAAUACGCAAGAACCACGAAUUGUAG